AUGGCGAAUAAGUUUGGAUUAGGUUCUUUAUCUUUAGAAACUAAAAAACCUAACACUACAGCGUGGAUAAAUAAAGCGAAACCUUACUUUGUGGAUCAAAUCGGAGAUCCUCUUCAAGGUGAUUUAGAUAUGAACAAUUUUAGCAUAACUAAUUUAAAGUCUCCGGAAAACGAUAAUGAUGCCAUUCACAAGAAAUAUUUAAUGGAACAAUUAAAUUUAAUUGAAGUAAAUAAAGGACAUUUAAACGAAAGAAUAGGCGAUGUGAAAAGAUUCUUCAAACGUCAACUAAAUAAUAAAGAUUUUAUUGAUGAUACUAAAUUACAACAAGAAGUAAAAGUUGAUUCAAUAUUCUUCAGACAAAACCCAGGAUUUUCAUCUAAACCUCAAUUUAACGCUCGCAAAGUUCUUCAGUUUAUCAAUGGUACAACAAAUGUAGAAACUAAAGAAUUAGAAAUUAACGAUGAAAACACCAAGAGACGACACUUAUAUGAAAUUAAAACGAGUGGAAAAUAUAUAGAUAGGUUUAGAAUGUUAAUCAUACCAGAUAAUGAAGAAGAUGUACUUUCAUUGAAUGAUUUUGAUAUGAUAUUGGAAACGGAAACUCCACCAUCAGCAAGGCAAAUUGAAAUAGUUGGAGAGAUAACUCAAGAUGGAAAAUACAAACAAGACAUGAAAUUUGUAGGUUUUAAUACCAAAACUUUUGUCAAUUUCUUCGCUACAGUGGAUGAAAAAUCAGAUGCCUCCGAUUGGUAUUUCACAGGAAAAAUCAUUUUCCGUAAAAACAAUUUCAAAGAAAUAAAAAGAUCAAAAAAGGGUAGUGGUGUUAGCCUACUCAAAAAGAUAAAAGAAUAUAUCGGUAUAAAUUGUUAUAUACCAAGUGAUGGAUGCUGUUUUGUAAAAUGCGUAAAUCAUGUUUUGAACAAAGACUACACGAGAGAAUUUCAAGAUUUCAUCAACAGUUUUCAAAAAUCAAACAGAAAAGGAGUUAUGACAUCUGCUAGAAUCUGCGAAUUCAAUAAAAAAUUUAAUACUAAUUUUCAAAUAUAUAUGCCAAAACAUAGACAUUUUCAACCAAAGAAAGUAACCGAAGAAUUAGAUUGGGUUUUUUAUUUACACAAAGAACAUUUCUGUUUGAUAAGAAGAAAUAACAAAGCUUUGAAAACGUAUGGAGAACUUGUGAAGAUGAUAAUGCGGUAA